UUCUCCCCCUCUUGUGGGCCGGCCCGGCUCUCCCUGCCGAGGAAUGGGCCGGCCCGGCGGUGCGCGGGUAGCAGCAACGGCGGCGCCGGCUCAAAAUGGCGGAGCUGCAGCUAGACCCGGCGAUGGCGGGGUUGGGAGGGGGUGGCGGCAGUGGGCUGAGCGACGGCGGCGGCCUGGGUCGUGGGACCCUCAGCCCUCGCCCCGCUGUCCCCCUACCCCGCGGACACGGCCGCCAGCCCGCCGCCGUCGCGCAGCCACUGGAGCCAGGUCCCGGACCACCCGAGCGGGCUGGGGGCGGCGGCGCGGCCCGCUGGGUCCGGCUGAACGUGGGGGGCACCUACUUCGUGACCACCAGGCAGACCCUAGGCCGAGAGCCCAAGUCUUUCCUCUGCCGCCUCUGCUGCCAAGAGGACCCGGAGCUGGACUCGGACAAGGAUGAGACAGGAGCCUAUCUGAUUGACAGAGACCCCACCUACUUUGGGCCUAUCCUAAACUACCUCCGUCAUGGGAAACUCAUCAUUACUAAGGAGUUGGCAGAAGAAGGCGUGCUGGAAGAAGCAGAGUUUUACAACAUCGCGUCUCUCGUGCGGCUGGUGAAGGAAAGGAUACGAGACAAUGAGAACAGAACUUCACAAGGUCCUGUGAAGCAUGUGUACAGAGUGCUGCAGUGUCAGGAGGAAGAGCUCACACAGAUGGUCUCCACCAUGUCCGACGGCUGGAAAUUUGAACAGCUAAUCAGCAUUGGAUCCUCCUAUAACUAUGGAAAUGAGGACCAGGCUGAAUUUCUCUGUGUCGUCUCCAGAGAAUUAAAUAAUUCUACCAACGGCAUUGUCAUAGAGCCAAGUGAAAAGGCCAAGAUUCUUCAGGAGAGAGGAUCUCGAAUGUAAGCUGAGAGUCUGAAAUUCCAGAGUGCUGAAGUCAGGAGAGGGAUCCAGCAGAGCAGCUCUGUGAAGUCUUGCACCUGUACAGUAACUGAGCUACUGCAAAGCAAAGCUGAGCCUGGUCCCCGGUGAGGACGUGUUCUGGUCAAAACCAAAGGAACCCCACCCCUCCCCUGGGAUCCCAAGGACAGAUGCACCUCUGGCUGCAGACCCCCUUUUCAGAAGCCUGCUUUUGUCUUCUUAGCCAAUGUUCUGACAGAUUUUGAUGAUAGCAGCUGGGCUGGGUCCCCAGAUGGAGGCUUUUGGGGACCUUGGAGAAGGGAAGGAUGGCCUGGCUCCUUGAAAAUGGCCUAGAUGUCAAGGCAGCUGGAGAGGAAGGAGGACUGUCCUGAGCUGUGCCCUGGUCUCAUGUGCGUGUGCCAUCUUGGACAUUGGCAGCUGCUUAUGACCCCUCUAUCCCUCCUGCUAGUCACCCUCCAAGGAGUGCGGAGAUGCAGUCGGUUCUACCUUCCGUGUGUCAAACUGAAGUUUGGGACAGGAGAAGUCACCAGAGGACGCAUACUGCUAUGCACAGAGCCUCUAUGAAAGGGAGGAUUUCGCGACGGUGGAUGGUGGUGGGCACUGCUCUCAUCUUGGGCGCUGUGGUACUCCCACCCGCAGCUUUGCUGUGCACCGUGAGGCCUGCCUUGUUCCCAGGAAGGGGUUUGAGACAGGUGUGCCACAUCAGACAGAGGAGUGCCAUGUGAUUGGUAACUGCUGUUGCAGCCUUUUCUUACCCCGUUGACCUGUUUUCCUUCCCUGGCCUUUUAACUGGACCAAAGAUAAAGGACUUUGUGGACCCUCCGAUGGCUUGGUGUGAGAAAGGCUGUUUCUUUGGAAGUUGCUAAAUAUGUGCAGUUGCCAUAUAUAAAAGUGGUAUUGUUUCUGUGAUUGUCUCUUGCAGAUGUCCUGAGUGAAUGUACCAUUUGUGUCUCUCCUUGAUUUCUAACUUUAGUAAACCUGCCCCACAGCACUUCAGGUGACUGUGCACUGUCUCCAGUAGUGUGUGUGUUGACUGCAGUCGGGACCUCCAUAGUCUCUUAAUACCAUCCCUUCCCCCUGUGACUUUUUCCUGGGAGUGUCAUGUUGGCGAGGACCAAGUACUUAUCUGAUCAGGGUGCCUGCAGUUCUCCUCUGGGCCUUUGAGUCUCUGAGCAGUCGUGAAAGGCAGAGGGGCUGGAGCACCUUUCGUUUUUCCUGGACAAUUUUCAGUAGCAUGGGACAUGGUAGAGACAGGGAAGGUACCUCUGGGGAACACAUUGCCCAAAAACCACCUCGGGCCAGGCACUACAGGGCACUUUUAAAGCCAAGCUCUGACUGGGCUGCUCAUUUUGGAUCAAGGGUAGUGAUUUCCAGAAGAACUGGACUCUACCAGUUACCUUUUGAGCAUGUAACCUGACUGAGUCCAGGUGGCUUACCUUUUCUCCAGGACUUUCACUCUUUCCCUCUUUCUGUCUGUAGCAUACAUAGAACUGUGUGUCCAGGGCUCCUGCAGCACCUGCAUAUGGAGGCCAUUGGAAAUGUACAUGUUGACACCUCAGAAGUCUGGGUGUGCCUGGUGUUUUUUACAGCUGUAACAUGUUAGGUGAACUUCUAUUUACAGGAAGGGCAGUCACUCCUCCCAUAGGGUCAUAGGCAUCUAUCCUGUCAUGUCUUUCACACAAAAAGAUUUGGAUGUAGUCAAGAAAAAGCAGAGAUAGCAGGAAUUAUGGCUGUGCCCAGCAUAGGACAGAGGACAUUGGGAGAGGGAGCUUUGGCUAAAUGGAGUGUCAUCGUUCUCAGAGAAGCACUUCAUGUGGGGCCUUGUGCCCACUUGUGUCCUGCUUCCCAGAGCAUCCCUGAUGAUCAGUGCUGAGCAGGGGUCCAGGCGGAGCUGAUGCCCUGGCCCCAGCCUCAGCUUUAGCACCAAGCUCAGCGAGAAGGAGUAGGGGCUAGACCUUGGGCUAGUACCUCAUGAAUGCAGUGUUAGCUUCAUUGAACUUUCCAGACCCCCACAGCUCAUCAACAAAACAUUGCCUUUGAACCCCAAGCCAAGUGCUCUGGGAAACAGGCAUACUCUGCCUCCUAGAAGUUCCUGCUGAAGGUCCCUCUUCUCUGCAGCUCUGUGCUCCAGGAGUCAGAUGGAGGUUCAUUUUUCAGGUUUGUGGGAAGUAGUUUUGUUUUCCGAGUUUGUAGAUUUUAUUUGAAUAUUGAUUCAAAGAAAUAAACAGUAGGGAGUUUGAAUAGUGACUUAUACUUGGAUAUUAAAGUUUUUAAAUUACCUUAAUUAUUGUAAAGCAAUUAUGAAAAUACUUUCAGUGGCCUCAGGAGUAGAGUCAGAAUUGUCCAAACACCCAGGGGCUGCAAACACAGAGGACCUCAAAUGAAUUUGUUCAGCAAGUUCCAAGAGCCGCACCACCCCAAAGACUAUGCAGAUAGUGGGGAGUACUGGAGGGAAUUCCUCUUCCUGACAAAAUCAACCCCUGAUGCCAAAUAUGGACAAACCCAGAACAGCUGCCUGGUCUGUUUAGAGCAGGGCCGAUGUGCAUUGAAAGGGAAGGUCUUUGCUGCAAGGUACUUUACCUGAGCCCUUGUGAUCCAUGCCAGUGUUCUUGCUUGACAGCGUUCUCCCCUGGGGCGUCUGGCUGUCACUGCAGAGGGAGAUCUGCCCUCCCUCCCGUUGGUUUAGGGGUGUAAUGUGACCAGUGACCUACACUCCCUGGCCCACCAGGACUGCCAUGUGGGGCGUGUCUCUGCUGCAGGUCUGGGCCACCAUCCAGAGUGCUGAGCCAGCACCGCCUCUGUCUGUUCUGCAGAACCUGGUCCUUUUCCUGGGUGUGAGGUGGGGCCAGCCUCCUCUGGAGUGACUUACUUUCUGCACAAUCAUAAUUUCAUAAUUGCUGUUCGGUAUCAGCAAGGCGUGGGCUGGAAGCAACAGAGAUGCUGCAUAGGGCUGUAGGGACACCCACACCCGCCAGCAUGGCCUUUGAUCCAGACCUUUGGGACCGUAGCUGUCACUGGUGGGUACCCUUUGUUAUUGUUCAUGUGUCUGAACAAAGUCGCAAAUGCUAUGACUUUUUCGGGGGGGAGUCAAUAAAGCUAUGAAACAGA